AUGGUCCCGCCCCGCCCCCAGACCACACCCGACCCCAACCCCUACGCCUCCCUCAUCUCCCAGAACAUCUCCCUCGUCCCCGAGUUCACUCUAGAGUCCGGCGUCACCCUCACCGACGUUCCCGUCGCAUACAAGACAUGGGGAAAGCUCAACGAGAGAGCCGACAAUUGUCUGGUCAUCUGCCAUGCCCUCACUGGUAGUGCUGAUGUCGAAGACUGGUGGGGACCUCUGCUGGGCGUCGACAAGGCUUUCGACCCCACUCGCUUCUUUAUAUUCUGCGCCAACACUAUCGGAUCCCCCUACGGUACCGUAUCCUCCGUCACUACCAACCCCGAAACGUCUCGUCCCUACGGCCCCGAAAUGCCCGGUUCCGCCGUCAAAGACGACGUCCGUCUCCAUUACAUUCUAUUGAAAUCGCUCGGCGUCAAGUCUGUGGCUGCUGUCGUCGGCGGAUCCAUGGGCGGUAUGACAGUCUUGGAAUGGCCUUUGAACUCUCCUCCGGGUUUCGUCAAGGCCAUCAUCCCUUUGGCGACCAGUGCUCGACACUCGGCGUGGUGCAUCUCAUGGGGAGAAGCUCAAAGACAGUCCAUCUACUCUGACCCGGACUACAAGGACGGUUACUACUAUGAAGUCGAGGACGCAGACAAAAAGGUCCAAGUCGACUUGAUGAAACAGCCCGCUCGAGGGCUCGCUGCGGCCCGAAUGGCCGCGCUCUUGACGUACCGUUCCCGAGACUCGUUCGAAUCUCGAUUUGGCCGUCGUGCCGGUGGGGGCAAAUCCCAAGUCCCCAGAGGCGGUGUGCGUAUCAUGGGCGGUCCGGAGACUACCGAUCCCAGUGUGCCGUCCGCUAGCGACUUGGUCAAGUCGCCAAGGGAGAAGGCAUGGAGGGAGCAUAAUGACGGACAUAAGGGUGCCGGACAGAGGUCGGCGAGUAGGAGGGGCAGUGAUCUGUCUGAAAAGGGUACCGCGGGGAACGCAGAAGUCAUCAAGACUGAAGAGAUCAAAGCUGAGGGAAAGAAUGUUGGGACGGGGGAAGAGCCGCCCAAGGUGUUUUCUGCCCAAAGCUACUUGCGAUACCAAGGCGACAAGUUUACUGGUCGAUUCGAUGCCAACUGCUAUAUCCAUAUCACCCGAAAACUCGACACCCACGAUCUUUCAGCUCCCUCCAACGACUCGUCUCUCAACUCGUUGUCCUCUUCCCUCCCCGCCCACUCGCUUGCCUCGGACGACGAGAACGCUAACGAGUCUGAGCUCAAUUCGCGUCUCAUGCACGCUCUUUCGCUGGAACCCCCAGCUCUUGUCAUCGGUAUCGAGUCUGACGGGCUGUUCACCACCUCGGAGCAGCGCGAGCUUGCUGCCGGUAUCCCCGAUGCCGAGCUGGUAGUCAUCCCUUCCCCUGAUGGCCAUGAUGGGUUCUUGCUGGAGUUUGAGGCCAUCAACGGUUGGGUUGGAGGCUGGCUGAGGAGAAAGAUGCCUGAAUUCUAUAGGGAGAGGGUCAUCAGCCUUGAAGAAUAUGGAGCUGGCGAGGCAGGAUUCGAGGUGAAGAAGGAGAGCGUGUUUGGCGAGGCAGAGGCAGAUGUCACGAGGUGGUAG